CCCCGCUGCGGCGUCGGGGCCAUGGCCGGUCUGGGCCCCGGCGGGGGCGACUCGGAGGGCGGCCCCCGGCCCCUGUUCUGCAGGAAGGGCGCCCUGAGGCAGAAGGUGGUGCACGAGGUCAAGAGCCACAAGUUCACCGCCCGCUUCUUCAAGCAGCCCACCUUCUGUAGCCACUGCACCGACUUCAUCUGGGGCAUUGGAAAGCAGGGCCUGCAGUGUCAAGUCUGCAGCUUUGUGGUGCAUCGACGAUGCCACGAAUUCGUGACCUUCGAGUGUCCAGGAGCUGGGAAGGGCCCCCAGACGGACGACCCCCGGAACAAGCACAAGUUCCGCCUGCACAGCUACAGCAGCCCCACGUUCUGCGACCACUGUGGCUCCCUCCUCUACGGGCUGGUGCACCAGGGGAUGAAGUGCUCCUGUUGCGAGAUGAACGUACACCGACGCUGCGUGCGCAGCGUGCCCUCGCUGUGCGGCGUGGACCACACUGAGCGCCGCGGCCGUCUGCAGCUGGAAAUCCGGGCUCCCACCUCAGAUGAGAUCCACAUUACUGUUGGCGAGGCCCGUAACCUCAUUCCUAUGGACCCCAAUGGUCUGUCUGAUCCCUAUGUGAAACUGAAGCUCAUCCCAGACCCCAGGAACCUGACAAAGCAGAAGACCCGGACUGUGAAAGCUACACUCAACCCUGUGUGGAAUGAGACCUUUGUGUUCAACCUGAAGCCCGGGGACGUGGAACGAAGGCUCAGCGUGGAGGUGUGGGACUGGGACCGGACAUCCCGAAACGACUUCAUGGGCGCCAUGUCCUUUGGGGUCUCGGAACUGCUCAAGGCACCUGUGGAUGGCUGGUACAAGUUACUGAACCAGGAGGAGGGCGAAUAUUACAAUGUGCCGGUGGCCGAUGCUGACAACUGCAGCCUCCUCCAGAAGUUUGAGGCCUGUAACUACCCCUUGGAAUUGUAUGAGCGGGUGCGGAUGGGCCCUUCGUCCUCCCCCAUCCCCUCCCCAUCCCCCAGCCCCACCGACUCCAAGCGCUGCUUCUUCGGGGCUGGCUCGGGGCGCCUGCACAUCUCCGACUUCAGUUUCCUCAUGGUCCUGGGAAAAGGCAGCUUUGGGAAGGUAAUGCUGGCCGAGCGCAGGGGCUCCGACGAGCUCUACGCCAUCAAGAUCCUGAAGAAGGACGUGAUCGUCCAGGACGACGACGUGGACUGCACGCUGGUGGAGAAGCGCGUGCUGGCGCUGGGCGGCCGCGGGCCCGGCGGCCGACCCCACUUCCUAACCCAGCUGCACUCCACCUUCCAGACACCGGACCGCCUGUAUUUCGUGAUGGAGUAUGUCACCGGAGGUGACUUGAUGUACCACAUCCAGCAGCUGGGCAAGUUUAAGGAGCCCCACGCAGCGUUCUACGCUGCAGAAAUCGCCAUCGGCCUGUUCUUCCUUCACAACCAGGGCAUCAUCUACAGGGACCUGAAGUUGGAUAAUGUGAUGUUGGAUGCAGAAGGACACAUUAAGAUUACCGACUUCGGCAUGUGUAAAGAAAACGUCUUCCCUGGGACCACAACCCGCACCUUCUGUGGGACUCCAGACUACAUAGCCCCUGAGAUUAUUGCCUACCAACCCUACGGCAAGUCUGUGGACUGGUGGUCAUUCGGGGUCCUGCUGUACGAGAUGCUGGCAGGACAGCCGCCCUUUGAUGGCGAGGAUGAAGAGGAGCUGUUUCAGGCCAUCAUGGAGCAAACGGUCACCUACCCCAAGUCCCUUUCCCGAGAAGCCGUGGCCAUCUGCAAGGGGUUCCUGACGAAGCACCCAGGCAAGCGCUUGGGCUCGGGCCCCGAUGGCGAACCCACCAUCCGCGGGCACGGCUUCUUCCGCUGGAUCGACUGGGAGCGUCUGGAGCGUCUGGAGAUCGCGCCCCCGUUCAGGCCGCGUCCGUGCGGCCGCAGUGGGGAAAACUUCGACAAGUUCUUCACACGGGCGGCGCCGGCGCUGACGCCCCCAGACCGCCUGGUGCUAGCCAGCAUCGACCAGGCGGACUUCCAGGGCUUCACUUACGUCAACCCCGACUUCGUGCACCCCGAUGCCCGCAGCCCCACGAGCCCGGUGCCCGUGCCCGUCAUGUAGCCUCCCCGCCGCCGCUAGGUGUCGCCAGCGCCCCGCCGCCCCCAUUCUUCCCCCUCCCCCAAUCCCCACCCC